AUGACAGAAACAAAGUUAAAAAUAGCAAUUCGAAGAUAUUCUUCACCUCAUAAAAACAAUAAUCAAGACAAGAAUGACAUUUCCUUUAUUGGUCUCUUUCAAAAUAUAAAUAUGAUAAAUCGUAGGAGAAUGUCUGAAAAAAAAGCACCUUCAAAAUAUACUUCAAAUACUAGAUAACAUUCAAAAGACAAUUCAGUAGAAGUGGAUGUCGCUCUAAAUAAACAUCAUUUUCUAAUGUAAUAUGUUAUUGGAGUGGGUGGAUUUGGAAGAGUUUGGAAAGUUAUUUAUAAAAAAUAAGUCUAUGCUAUGAAAGAAAUCAGUAAGGCAUUAGUGCUUUUGAAAUAAAGUGUACAUAGUAUUAUGAGAGAAUUAUAAUUUUUAACUGAAUUACGACAUAAUUUUUUAAUCAAUGUUUUUUCAGCAUUUCAGGAUAAUCAAAAUCUCUAUUUAGUCUUAGAUUAUUUAGGAGGUGGUGAUUUGAGAUUUCAUUUAGGAAGAUUGAGAAAAUUUACAGAAGAAUAGACAAGUAUUUCAAUAUAUAAAUUUUUUAAAUAGAAUUUUUUGCUGCAUGUAUCAUUGUAGGAUUAGAAUAUUUGCAUGAGAACAAUAUAAUACAUAGAGAUAUCAAACCAGAAAAUUUGAUUUUAGAUAAUUAAGGUUAUGUUCGUAUCACUGAUCUUGGUGUAGCUAUUAAAAAAACAGGUGAAAAUUUCGAAACUAGUGGUACACCUGGUUAUAUGGCACCUGAAGUAAUAUUUAGAUAAGAUCAUGGAGCAGCUGUAGAUUUUUUUGCUUUGGGAGUAAUCUGUUAUGAAUUUAUGACAGGAAGAAGACCAUAUUAUGGAAAUAGAAGAGAAAUUAGAGAAUAGAUUCUUGCUAAAUAAGUGUAGAUUCAAAGAUCUAAUGAAGGUUGGUCUAAUGAAUCAAUUGAUUUCAUAAAUAUGCUAUUGCAAAGGAAACCAUAGAAUAGAUUAAUAUAUCCAAGAUAGCAUAAAUGGUUUAAGAAUUUUUCAUUUGAAUUACUUAUUCAAAAAUAAUUGAAAGCUCCAUUUAUUCCUAAUAAUUAAGAUAAUUUUGAUAAAUCACAGAUAUUUUAUGAAGAUGAAGAGAACAAUUAAAUAAUAAGAUUACAUUAACAUUUGAUAAGAGAAAAUCAAGAAUAAUUUUAAGGUUAUUAAUAUUAAGAGAAGUAAUAAUAAUAAUUUCUAAUAAAAUCAAAAAAGAGUAUUAUAAACAACACCAAAAUAUUUUAAUUUAAUUGA